ACUGUAUAAAAAUAGCUUGAAGGUGUUCAGCUGCCCCCUAGUGGUAUGACUAGGUCCUCGUCAGCGAUCUGAUGCAGUGCGCUUGCGCAGCUAAGUGUCAUCUUUGCACCGGAGAAGAUGGCGGCGAGCAAUGGUGGUGGAAUGGAAGUGGAUGGUGCUGCUGGCCCCAGCGUGAUGGCGUCGGGGGUGACAGGGAGUGUCUCAGUGGCCCUGCACCCCCUCGUCAUCCUCAACAUCUCAGACCAUUGGAUCCGGAUCCGCUCUCAGGAAGGGCGGCCCAUGCAGGUGAUUGGAGCACUGAUUGGGAAGCAGGAGGGCAGGAACAUCGAGGUCAUGAACUCCUUCGAGCUUCUCUCACACACAGUGGAUGACAGGACACACAUCGACAAGGAGUACUAUUACACCAAGGAAGAGCAAUUCAAGCAGGUCUUCAAGGACAUGGAGUUUCUGGGCUGGUACACUACAGGCGGCCCUCCUGACCAAUCGGAUAUCCACAUUCACAAGCAGGUUUGUGAGAUCAUCGAGAGUCCUCUGUUCCUCAAGCUGAACCCCAUGACUAAACACACUGACCUUCCGGUCAGCGUGUUCGAGUCGGUCAUUGACAUCAUCAACGGAGAGGCGACCAUGUUGUUUGCGGAGCUGACCUACACUUUGGCCACUGAGGAGGCGGAGCGGAUCGGGGUCGACCACGUGGCCCGAAUGACAGCCACUGGCACCGGGGAGAACUCCACAGUUGCGGAGCACCUCAUAGCUCAACACAGCGCCAUCAAAAUGCUGCACAGCCGAGUGAAGGUCAUCCUGGAGUAUGUGAAAGCAGUGGAAGCGGGCGAGGUCCCUUUCAACCACGAGAUCCUCCGGGAGGCCAACGCUCUGUGUCACAGGCUUCCCGUUCUGAGCACGCUCAAGUUCAAGACAGACUUCUAUGAUCAAUGCAAUGAUGUGGGGCUCAUGGCCUACCUGGGUACCAUCACUAAAACCUGCAACAGCAUGAACCAGUUCAUAAACAAGUUCAACGUCCUGUACGAUCGCCAGGGGAUCGGCCGGAGGAUGAGGGGGCUGUUCUUCUGAGGGGGGUGACGAACGGGGGGUGGGGGUGGGGGAGGAGGAGGAGGAGCGAGAUUGUACUCAUCGCAGACGUUGAUUUGCUUUGCAGUAUUUCCCAAAUGUAUAUGUGUAUGUACAUGCACUUACUUGUUCACUCACCUUUACAGACGAGCGUGUGACUCGCAGUUGUAUGUAAUGUAGUAGACUCCACGUGUGCAUGUGAUACACAGUUACGUGCGCACACAAACGUAUAACGUUACAGUUCCUCUGACUUGUUUUUGCUGGCAUUGUUGUUUGAUUUGAAAAUAAAUAUUUCUGCUGCUGUUUUGGA